AUGGAUGCCCAGAGCCAAAGUCCCUCGCGGGACCGCAACAGACUGCAAGAAGUAGGCGAGGCAGUCGAAUCGCCGCAGCGCGAAGUGCCCGACAGCGAUGUCGCGGUGGGCAGUUGGGGUCACAUCCGCGUCGACGAGCCGAAGCGCCCAACGCUCAUCAAACGCAAUACCACGCGCGGCCAGAGCUCGCUGAGCGUGAGCGAGGCUUUGCGCCUGGAGCGCUCGCGCCACGAGCAGGAAACGCUGCUGGGCGCCGACGAGGAGGCCGACGACGAUGGCUGCUACCCGCCGCGGGUCAACGAUGAGCCUCGUGCGCCCAAUCCGCAUAAGUGCUUGCCGGUGUAUGCGACGAUCCAUAAGAUUCGGAGGCUGGUGAUUGCCAGUAUAGACGAUCCUUACAGCGCCGAUCAACUCAAGAGUCCCCGGAUGAACGUGGCCGUCGUACGGCCUUUGGUCGACCACCUGUACGACCCCGAUGAUGUCUCCAUCGUGUAUUGCCUCCUGGUGAACCGCGUACAGUUCCUCCGCGAACAAGCCUACCAAGCCCAUCACCAGACCGUCAACCUGACCCGAGCAACACUGUGCGAGCUGAUCGCCAGCCGCGUCCUGCGCCGCUACGACGAAGACCACGAGGGCCGCUCGGGCUUGUUGAUGGUCGCAAACGUGCUCGUCGCCGGCUUCGAACCCUUCCAAAUGGCGCCGGAGGAAAUCGCUCGGCGCAACAAGACCGUGCCCUCAUGGACCGUUCGCUACAAUCUUGCUCGUCCAGAGUACGAGCGAAUGCUGACGGCGCUCGAAGUGGCCAUUGUGUCGGAGGCUAAGGGCUUCUUGUCUACUUCGGCGUGUCAGAAGAUUGUAGAGAAUGUCUAUCGCGGUCGAAUCAUAUACACUCCCACCAGCUUCAUCGACAUCUUACCGGACCACUACAAGAAUCGCGGCAUCUCCCUUUACGACCCUCGAAGAGCUCCGCUCCUCAAUCAAUACCGCCUGAGUGUCCCAAGAACCCGCAACAUCAUCGAGAUCUGCCAGUUCAUCGUUCUCCUCGCCCUCUACAUCUUGAUGAUGGUUAACAAAGAGCACACCCUCGGACCUACCCACCUGGGCUUCACCGUUGCCGAACUGGUAUUCAUCAUCUACUCCAUGGGCUGGGUCUUGGAUGAGAUUGCGUCCAUCUGCGAACACGGCUGGACCGUCCACACCGAAAACCUGUGGUCUUUCCUGGACAUCACCUUCGCCCUCAUCUUCCUCACCUAUUUCAGUGUACGCGUUCGAGGUUUCAAACUCGGCGACCCAUCAUACGCUCAGCUCUCGUCCAACAUCAUCUCAAUGGCCGCUCCCGUCCUCUUCCCCCGACUCGCCUUCUGCCUCAUGCCGGAAAGCAUGCUCUUCAUCGCCCUGCGCGCAAUGAUGAGCGACUUCAUGUUCCUGACCGUGCUGGCCGUGUGGUGCUUCGCCGGCUUCCUGAUGGCCAUGCGCUGGCUCAGCGAAAGCGGCGAAGGCUACAUUCCCCACAAUGUCAUCACAAUCGCCAAAUGGAUGCUCUGGAUCUGGUUCGGCUUGGACGGUACUGGUGUGCAGCGGUCGGUCGAGAUGCAUUGGCUGCUCGGACCCAUGCUCAUGAUCUUGUUUGCCUUCCUCGGAAACACACUGUUCUUGACCAUCUUGGUCGCCAUGCUGAGCAAUACCUAUACCAAUCUCGCGCAGAACGCCACGGCUGAGAUCCAAUUCCGUCGCGCGGUGUUGACAUUUGAAGGUGUCAAGUCCGACUCCCUCUUCGCCUACCGGCCGCCCCUCAACGUCCUAGCCCUCAUAAUCCUCCUUCCCCUAAAAUUCAUCCUCACGCCAAGAUGGUUCCACAAAGUAAACAUCACCGCCGUCCGCGUCACCAACGCCCCCAUCCUCGCCCUCGUCUCCCUGUACGAGCGCAAAUACCUCUGGCGGCGCGCGCGCAACCUCGCGCCCCCGAUGCGCCACUCCUGGAUCGCAAUGUGGGAGCGCAUGGGCGCGCACGGCGACCUGCAGGCCGUCUUCGACGCCGAUCCCCCGCAGGAAAUCAUCGACGAGAUGGACGACGUGGACGACAUCCUGUCCGGGGAGAUGUGGAAUGGCGGGGACUACGUUACUGCGUUGAGACGGCGGAGGGGCAGUCGGAGUGUGAUGAGUGAUGCUUCGGGCGUGUGGAGUCGGAGUCGGGGGGAGUCGAGGGUGAAUGGGUUUCGGCGGCGGCGGGGGAUGAGUGAGGAUGAGCAUCAUGGGCCGGAGGCGACAGAGGAGGUGUAG